UUUCUUUUUUUUUUUUCUCUAUGCAUUUUGUAUUUCAGGCUUUACAUCGUCGGCCACUAGAACCUAGAUCACUGGCUAUCGCCCGAGGUGUGUCAGCUGUUUUGUUGGCACUAGCAUUUUUGGCUUACCUUGGAUAUUUAAUUUAUCAAAUAUAUACAGAUAAACGUCUCUUGAUCAUUUCAACCACUCACUUACAAUCAUAUCCUUCUCCUGAUGUUGAGAUGUGUGUUUAUGGAAGUCCGUUUGAAAUCACAUCGUGUGCAUUGAUCGAUAUGGAAUAUAAUAGUCAAGUGGUACCUGGUUGUACUCCUUAUUUAACUGGUUCUCCUGCCGACAAUCCAGGUCCUCAGUGGUGUAGAGUAUUCAAAACAGAUCAACUCAUCUUUGGUGUUGAUACUCCUUCACAACAACAACCUAAUGUCAAGACCAUUCGACGCGUAGAUAUUUACUGGGCAAUUAGUAAUUUGACGGCUUUUAAUCAAGUCAAUCCUUGGGCACCUUCUGUUACUGUCACUCUUUAUUCUCCUCAAUUCAGUACUUGGCGACUCUCACCAGAUGAUCUUACUCGUAUGAUACCACAACAGCAAACAGCAUGGCGAAAUCUUCAACUACAACAUUAUGUUUCCACCACCAUUAUGAACUAUUGGAGUACAAUAUAUUUUUCUCCUGCACGAUAUCGAGCUAUUAGACCUUAUGAUCCACUUUCCAUAUUUGGCAUGAAUAGUAGCUUCGUUGACAUUGAUACACUUCAAACCUCACAACAUGACUGGCCUCUUAAUAAUGCAAAUCUGAACUACGCAAAGUUCGGGAAUUAUCAAGGUGAAUUUUCUUUUAUGUUGACUGCUGGAGAUAUGGAAGUAAGAACUGAACAACGACAACAUACAGUACUUGCAGCUCUGGCAUUAUCAGGCGGCGCUUAUGGUGUCAUCUUUGCUAUCUAUUGUGUAUUAUAUGGGACACCAAAACUCACCCCUUUUGGAUUCACUCAUGGUAUGUCCAUUUGGUAUUAUCGUGGACGGACCAAACUUGGAAGGAAAAAGACAGAUGAACAACCAGUAGUACAACAUGAAAACAACUCUCGAAAUAGUAAAUAUCCACUCAUACCCAUGGAUCAUAUCAGUGUUCAAAGUGAUAAUAGCAGCAACAACAGUCUUCAGGAUCUCACUUCAACCGAUCAUAUCAGCAUCCCAACCGAACAUCCAACUACUGAAAAUGAUCGAAAGUCAUCACAACCACGAUUACAAUACUUUGCUCAUUUGGAAUCACGUGUACAUGAAUUAGAAUCAAUUUUACGUGAGUAUUUCUUGGAUGUGGAUUAUUUGGAUGCUUUAAGGCAACGACAGGAUUCAAGCAGUACCGCCGAUCAUACCCAAUCCAUCACCUCUUUUGGUCAUGACUUUUUACCCCUGGCGCCAACUGAAACAAGAAAAUCAAUCACUGGACAAGACUGGCAGCGAACGAAAUAACCGUGCAUUGUUCAUAGUAUACAUCUUUUUUUUUAUGAUAGUUUAUCUUUCUUUUAUACAUACAUACAUACAUUCUUUACAUUUAAUAAAAUCUUCAUUGUUUCUUUU